CGAGAGAGAGAGAGAGAGAGACGCAAACAUUCAGACACACACAUACAGACACAUAGAAAGAGAGACAGACAGCUCUCGUCAUGUCCGCAUCAGGGAAUCACUCAAACUUCACUAACAGGUUCGCGCAGUCUCCAUGGCGCGUCGCGCUCUGGUCGCUCGCGUUCGCGCUGGUUUUGCUGGUGGCCUUGACCGGAAACCUGAUCGUCAUCUGGAUCAUUCUUGCGCACAAGAGGAUGAGAACCGUCACCAACUACUUUCUGCUGAACCUUGCGGUGUCUGACGUGUCCGUGGCCGCGCUCAACGCAUCAGUCAAUUUCGUGUACGCCGCGCACGGGGACUGGUACUUCGGUGACGCGUACUGCCGCUUCCAAAACUUCUAUCCGGUGACCGCGGUGUUCGCGAGCAUCUACUCCAUGAGUGCCAUCGCGUUAGACAGGUACAUGGCGAUAAUCCACCCACUGAAGCCCCGACUCUCCGCAACAUUUACAAAAGGCGUGAUCGUGAGCGUUUGGAUUCUGGCCGCCGUUCUGGCCUUACCGUUGUGCUUUUAUUCCACAACACAAGUGAUUCUGCACAGAACGCUCUGCUAUGUGGAUUGGCCGCGACCUGCACACGACCCCUUCAUGUAUCAUGUGAUUGUGGCAGUGCUGGUUUAUCUCCUGCCUCUCAUGGUGAUGGCUGCCACCUACAGCAGGGUCGGACUCACUCUGUGGGGGGGUGAAAUUCCAGGACAUUCCUCUGAAAACUUCCAGGAUCACCUACAGGCCAAACGAAAGGCUGUGAAGAUGAUGGUGAUCAUGGUGGUAAUGUUUGCAAUCUGUUGGCUGCCGUAUCACGUGUAUUUCAUUGUAACGGGUCUCAACAGAGAGCUGAAUAAAUGGACGUUCAUCCAGCAGAUUUAUCUGUCAGUGCUGUGGCUGUCAAUGAGCUCAUCAAUGUACAAUCCCAUAAUAUACUGCAGCCUGAACAGCAGGUUCCGUGCGGGGUUCAAGCGAGUGUUUCGCUGGUGUCCCUUCAUUCACGUGUCGGACUGUGAGGAGUUAGAACUCCAAACGGUCUGCUUAAAUCAGAACCGCCAGAGCAGCCUGUUUAUGGUCAUGCGCGUGGAGUCCAGCGCCGAUGCCAGUGCAAACCCUGCGAGACGCAAGAGCUCGUGCGCCAGUCACCGCAGCAGCCUUGCCAGCCAAUCGCGACCUUCCACACGCCUGUCGCUCAGUGGUGGUGUCUAUGGCAACCCUGUGAGCAUAGCAGGGAAAGAAGUCAGCUAAGAGCCAAUCACAAACAAGAACACACAAUCUGCAUCACAUCAGCUGCCGUAGCUCUGUCAACCACUUCUUAUAUUCUCACUAUACAGUUGUGCUCAAAAGUUUGCAUACCCUGGCAGAAAUUGUGAAAUUUUGGCAUUGAUUUUGAUAAUAUGACUGAUCAUAUGAAGCCAUUUAUCAUCACAUAGUUGUCUGGCUCCUUUUUAAAUCAUAAUGAUAACAGAAAUCACCCAAAUGGCCCUGAUCAAAAGUUUACACACCCUUGAAUGUUUGGCCUUGUUACAGACACACAAGGUGACACACACAGGUUUAAAUGGCAAUUAAAGGUUAAUUUCCCACACCUGUGGCUUUUUAAAUUGCAAUUAGUGUCUGUGUAUAAAUAGUCAAUGAGUUUGUUAGCUCUCACGUGGAUGCACUGAGCAGACUAGAUACUGAGCCAUGGGGAGCAGAAAAGAACUGUCAAAAGACCUGCGUAACAAGGUAAUGGAACUUUAUAAAGAUGGAAAAAGAUAUAAAAAGAUAUCCAAAGCCUUGAAAAUGCCAGUCAGUACUGUUCAAUCACUUAUUAAGAAGUGGAAAAUUCAGGGAUCUCUUGAUACCAAGCCAAGGUCAGGUAGACCAAGAAAGAUUUCAGCCACAACUGCCAGAAGAAUUGUUCAGGAUACAAAGAAAAACCCACAGGUAACCUCAGGAGAAAUACAGGCUGCUCUGGAAAAAGAUGGUGUGGUUGUUUCAAGGAGCACAAUAUGACGAUACUUGAACAAAAAUGAGCUGCAUGGUCGAGUUGCCAGAAAGAAGCCUUUACUGCGCCAAUGCCACAAAAAAGCCCGGUUACAAUAUGCCCGACAACACCUUGACACGCUUCACAGCUUCUGACACACUGUAAUUUGGAGUGACGAGACCAAAAUAGAGCUUUAUGGUCACAACCAUAAGCGCUAUGUUUGGAGAGGGGUCAACAAGGCCUAUAGUGAAAAGAAUACCAUCCCCACUGUGAAGCAUGGUGGUGGCUCACUGAUGUUUUGGGGGUGUGUGAGCUCUAAAGGCACGGGGAAUCUUGUGAAAAUUGAUGGCAAGAUGAAUGCAGCAUGUUAUCAGAAAAUACUGACAGACAAUUUGCAUUCUUCUGCCCGAAUGCUGCGCAUGGGACGCUCUUGGACUUUCCAGCACGACAAUGACCCUAAACACAAGGCCAAGUUGACCCUCCAGUGGUUACAGCAGAAAAAGGUGAAGGUUCUGGAGUGGCCAUCAUAGUCUCCUGACCUUAAU